AUGACCACCAACAACGCCGGGUGGACUCGUGGGUGGUUCUACCUGCGCAACUUCAGCAACAAGCUCCCGGCCUUCACCAACAAGGGGGUGAGCCGCAGGUGCCACCCCUCGAGGCCUCCGAUCCCGGAGAAACAUGAGGUCAACUGCCUUCACGCGGAGGUGGUGAAGAAGCGGAAGGAAGCGGCGGAGGCUGCCGCUGAGAGGAAGAGGAAGAGGAAAGCGAAGCACGAUAGGGCGUGCAAAAUCACUAGCGCGGAGGGGAAACCGCGGCCCGCCAUGCCCGAGUCCACGGACGAGGAGGAGGACGCCUCGGAUGCCGAGGCCAACUUCCCCGCUAACCUUAGCUUUCCUUCCCCAAUUUCUAGCUCUGGGGCCGUUGCCAACGACGCAGCUCCGCUCGCGCCGACCAAAGCCCACAAGACCGGGGCGCGCGCCACGUCGCACUCGGCGCCGCAGCCCCCGCCCGUUGUGGAUAUUGUGGCGGAGGCCGCAAAGUUGCGGGAGGCGAUGGUUCGCGGGGCCCAGGCGGCCCAACAGGAUCGAGCGCCGGGGAACGGGGGCGACGCCGGCCAGAGCGGAGCUGAAGCAGACGCUUCGGCUGACGCCGUGGGGGAGGCCAGCCGGGGCGGCGCAGAUGGCACCGCCAGGCCGGUCGUAGAGGAGGGAGCUGGUGGGGAUACGCAGGAACACCUCGCCAGCCAAACGGAGGCGGAGACCCUCGUCCUCGAGCCCCCGAGGGCUAGGGUCAAGGGAGUCACAGAGGAGUCGGCGCAGACGGUGACGGCGCAGGCGGCGACGGACAGCGUGAUCCCCGUGCGACUGAGGGACAUCUCGCGCAAGAAAAGCGCCGAGAUGACCCGGCUGUGCUCCCAGGUACACUGGCUUGGGCAGCACAAUACUGGCCUGGUUCUCCAGAGUGUCGACGCCAACAUGAAGAUGACGGAUCUGGAGGCGCGUCGGCAGGCGCUGGAAGAGUUGGCGCGGACCGCCGGUGAGCGCGACGUCCAGAGAGAUGCAGCAGAGCAGAAGGCUCAGAAAGCCGAGGCGCAAACCGCCGAGCUGCAGCUCACUAGGACGGCUCUCGAGCAGAGGGAAGCCGAGCUCCAGCGUAAGGAGACGGAGCUCCAAGAAGGUGUCGUCGGGUACGUCGUUCCCAGCGACGCCGAUGCGGAUGCCGCGUCGGCUAUCAUGGACGACGCUGACGCAGCCGCCGAAGAGUUCGCCACUGCCUUAGCCGUGAAGCUCGAAGCUGACAUCCCCCCGAUAGCCGAGUUCGAUGUUGUCGCAGAUGCAGAGAGGGGGGAUGAUAACCGGUAG